AAUUCGUUAGCUGCCCCUCAGCCUCUCGAAUAGCAUGUCGGUGACAAGAGGCACGAGCAUACUCGGGUCUCCUUUUCUCAAUCUGACCGUCAUAGACAAGGCUCUACUCACUUGCACGGAUCUAAGCGAACGAAUCAAACUCUUAUCCGCCAAGAUUCAUGUUUUGAGCAGGGAUGCGAAUAUCGGUAUCAAUCGGUCCAGCCCCUCAGAGCCAGGAACAAUGAAGGGAUACGGAGUGUGGGAGGAGACCAGGCUCAUGAGAACCAGACUGGAGCUCGCGCGUGCUCUCAUGACUAUGCCGGGACGGAUGGCAGAGGCUGAAUCGGAAAUCACCACUGUGUUGUCAGAUUGCAAGCGGUGCUCAAAGAUGUUGCCUCAUUCCCGCACAAGGACGAGGAAGGUCGCGGGCGAUCUAGCUACUGUACAUCCCGACGGCGCUGUGGUGGACGACUACGCACAACCAGCCAAGAGCGAAGACGAAUUACCAACUGGAAAUCCCGCUCUCGGGGACCUGAACCAUAUACAGCGCGUACGAUUGGAGGCUCUACGACUCUUGGUGGACGUGGAGGAAGCUCUUGGGCGUGAGGGUAGAACAAAACGGUGGCGGGAUCUCAUUGGACAGCUCGAGAAAGAAGCUCAACAAUCAGGCGAUGGAGGAUAGACAAUCGAUACCGAUACAUUUCCUCAGAUUUUGCUACCCUGUGCGGUUCACUAACAAGCGAAGGUGUCUCGACAAAGUGAUACAGAUCUCACCACAGCCCUCGACGGACUAUUUCUACCUCUCAGUGCUUCUCCCGAAACGCCAUCACAGGAAUUGCAGCUGCUUCCCCACGCGAAACGCUGCUAGGUUGUAUCCAAAUUUUUUGGUCGAUCUCAGUGCUUCAGCAGUCCUGACGAACCAAUUAGCAUGCUUAUGGAGGAUCCCGUAGACGAUGCACUUACCAUGCUCUUCC